AUGCCCACCGCCAGGAUGGGGAUGAUGGAGAAGUGGGAGGAGGUCCCCCACAUGGAGGUGAGCCAGGGCGGGCUGGUCAUGGACAGAGGAAAUAUGGCGUGGCUGCUCGCCCGCACCAAUCAGACCAAGAAAGUGACGACGCCCCGACGAGGGACCUGGAACGAGCCAGACCUGCUCCCAGCAGCAUGGGAAGAAGGAAAAGUCAUUGUGACAAUAUAA